CGAACACUGACGAGACGCAGAAACCGGCAUCUUCUGUUUCCAGGUUAGUGGAUGUAAACAGAAAGACGUUCUCCAGCGGUAGAAAACAUGAGCAAACUGGAGCUGUUGAACGUGUUUCUGAACGACAGGCUGACAGCGGCCGGGGAAGAGAUUUUCCGCGCCGUUAAAGACGCGGUGGUGGAGUAUCAGAGUGAAAUCCUGCGCUCCAAGGAGGAGAACGAGCGGCUCAAACGGCUCCUCAACGUAGCCGUUCAGCGGCUGCUGCUGCAACCAGAGCCUCACUCUGUCCAGCCCCAGGAAGAUGGCCAGCCCUGUGAGUCUGAGUGGAGAAGCAGUGCUGAGCUGCUGCCACAAGUUAAAGAAGAACCGACACUCAGAAACAGUCUAACAUAUUGUUCACAUGAAGCAAGAGACUCAGAGGAGGGCAACUGUAGUCAUGUUGAGCCGCUACACAGACCACUCCCCCCACCAGCCGAGACUGCGUGCAGCAGACAAAGUGUCUCCCCGUCUCCACUAACAUCCCCAGAGAUUAAGGCGGAGAGUGACAGAGAGGACGACGGGAAACAGCAGCCAGCCAACAGCUUACUGCCCUCCAUGGCUGUUCAUUCAAACUGUAUAGUGGCUCAGAGUGAUUCUCGUGCCAGUGCUGCAAAGAGUCAUAGGACUCAGAAAACAGAGCAGCAGACGAGAGGGUUACUCCGCUCGAAUGGAAAACAGAGCGCACACAUACUGCAGAUCAAGAACGUGAGAUCCCUGAAGCCGCCUCUGCCUCGCUCCUCUCACCCGAGCCAGAGCAUCCAGAGGUGGCACAGCUGUAAAGAGUGCGGGAAGGGCUUCAGCUUCGCCUGCCAGCUGGAGGUCCACAUGCGUUGGCACACCAAGGAGAAGCCAUACAGCUGCGCGGUGUGUCGGAAGAGCUUCACCACGGUCAGCAUGCUGAAGAGGCACCACCGCAUCCACACCGGAGAGAAGCCCUUCCGCUGCCACGUGUGCGGGAAAUGCUUCAACCAGUCAGCGCAUCUCAACACCCACUUCAGGCUUCACACCAGAGAGAGGGCCAGCUGGAGCCGAGCACCACACUCCAAGUGAAUGAAAGCCUUCAGAGUCACAGGAGAUUUAUCUGUAAACUGUGAAACGCUUGAAAUGUACAUUUUCAGGUUCAGACAGUGUACAGUAACAGUGCUUGAUUGUAUUCUUAUGUUGUGCAAUAAAGCGUGGUAUACCAAGA